AAGACCCCCAUCGCGAUGGACGCGCGGCUCUACGCGUACCUCCUGAAGCACACGCGCGAGCCGGAGGUCCUCCGCGCGCUGCGCGUGGAGACCGCCGCGCUGCGCGGGUCGCAGAUGCAGGUGCCCCCGGAGCAAGGAGCGCUGCUCUUUACGCUGUGCGCGAUGCUCCGCGCGACGCACGUCGUCGAGAUCGGCACGUUCACCGGAUACUCGUCAGUCGCGAUGGCGUUGGCGCUGCCGCACGACGGGACGCUGACGGCGUGCGACGUCUCCGAGCCGUCGUUCGAGGUGGCGCGCGCGUACUGGGAGAGAGCUGGCGUGCGGGGGAAGAUCGUGGAGCGGCUCGGGGACGCGCAGGCGACGCUCGACGCGAUGCUCGCGGGCGACGACGACGACGACGGCGACGACGACGGCGACGGCGCGGGGGGCGAAAAGAUUAAUCAUCGCGGGCGAUACGACUUCGCGUUCGUGGACGCGGACAAGCGCGGGUACUGGGCGUACUACGAGAAGCUUCUCGAGCUCGUGCGCCCGGGGGGCGUGAUCGCGAUCGAUAACGUGCUGUGGUACGGCAAGGUGGCGGACCCGGAGGUGAACGAUAAGCAGACGAUUGCGAUUCGAGAGUUUAACGAAAAAGUGGCGAGGGACGAGAGGAUAAGCGCGCACGUCACCGUGCCCAUCGGCGACGGCCUGACGUUGUGCGUCGUGAGGUGA